CUCUGAAAAAAGCACAUGUGCUUCCAAUGAUGCCUCAAGCACUUAAUGUAAAAGAUGCAACUGGCAGGAGCUCAGGAACUUUGAGGGCAGUUACUGAAAUUCCUGUACAACUCAGAAACAUUUUCAAAGAAUUUCCUUAUUUCAACUACAUACAGUCCAAAGCAUUAGAUGAUCUUCUUUAUACAGAGAAGAACUUUGUGAUUUGUUCCCCGACUGGCUCCGGAAAGACUGUAAUGUUUGAACUAGCCAUGGUCAGGUUACUGAUGGAAGUUCCAAGGCCGUGGUCUAAUAUUAAAAUUGUAUACAUGGCUCCAAUCAAGGCCUUAUGUAAUCAGCGACAUGAAGAUUGGAAAGAAAAGUUUGGACCGAUUGGACUGAACUGCAAAGAGCUCACUGGAGACACAGAGAUGGAUGACUAUUUUGAGAUUCAAGAUGCCCAUAUUAUCAUAACUACUCCUGAAAAAUGGGACACCAUGACCAGAAAAUGGAGAGAUAAUUCAUUAGUGCAGCUUGUGAGGCUUUUCCUUAUUGAUGAGGUACAUGUUGUGAAGGAUGAAUGUCGUGGUGCAACUCUUGAAGUUGUAGUUAGCAGAAUGAAAACAGUUCAGUUAGCUGUCUCACGUGUGUCUAAUCAACCAGACGAUAAAACGUUGAGAUUUGUAGCAGUUUCCGCAACAAUUCCUAAUGUUGAGGAUAUUGCAGAAUGGUUAUCAGAUGGUAGAGGACCGGGAAUUUCCAUGAAGAUAGAUGAAAGUUAUCGACCAGUAAAGCUCCGCAAAGUUGUUCUUGGAUUUCCUUGCUCUAAUACUCAAACUGCAUUCAAGUUUGACUUGUCUCUUAAUUACAAAAUAGCUGGCGUUAUACAGACAUACUCUGAGCAGAAACCUACUCUGGUGUUUUGUGCUACAAGGAAAAGUGUGCAACAAGCUGCAUCCAUACUUGCAAAGGAUGCCAAAUUUGUCAUGACCCUGGAACAUAAGCAAAGAUUGCAAAAAUAUGCAAACUCAAUAAAGGAUACAAAGCUUAGAGAUCUGUUAAUAUAUGGAGUUGGUUAUCAUCAUGCUGGUAUGGAUCUGUCUGAUAGGAAAGCUACUGAAGCUGCUUUCACUGCAGGAGAUGUGCCAGUACUUUUUACUACUAGCACUUUAGCUAUGGGAGUAAACUUGCCAGCCCACUUAGUGGUAAUUAAAUCAACAGUGCAUUAUGCAGGAGGAAUGUUUCAAGAAUACAGUGAAACCGAUAUACUUCAAAUGAUGGGCCGAGCUGGUCGACCUCAGUUUGACACAACGGCCACAGUGGUUAUCAUGACAAAGACCCAAACAAAGGACAAGUACACACAGAUGUUAGAUGGAGCACAUACCAUAGAAAGCAGUUUACACAGGCACCUUGUUGAACAUUUGAAUGCAGAGAUAAUACUGAACACCAUAACUGAUGUCAAUGUUGCUUUGGAGUGGAUACGAUCGACGUUUCUUUACAUAAGAGCUCUUAAAAACCCAAACCACUAUGGUUUUGCUACUGGACUUGACAGAGCUGGAAUUGAGGCAAAGUUGCAAGAAUUAUGCUUGAAGAAUUUGCAUGCAUUGUCUUCUAUUGGUUUGAUAAAAAUGGAUGAAGAGAUCAAUUUCAAGCCUACAGAAACUGGGAGACUAAUGGCUCGUUAUUGCAUUGCUUUCGAAACAAUGAAACUUUUCUACUUGGUCACUGGAAGUGAAACUUUAACUGAACUGGUCACAUUAAUCUGCAACUGUAAAGAAUUUACUGAUAUUCAACUAAGAGUAAAUGAGAAGAAGAUUCUUAACACACUGAACAAAGACAAGAAUAGAAUUACCAUCAGAUUCCCAAUAGAAGGAAAGAUUAAAACAAAUGAAAUGAAAGUGAAUUGCUUAAUUCAAGCCCAGCUAGGAUGUAUUCCAGUUCAAGAAUUUACUUUAACUCAAGACAUAGCCAAAAUAUUUAAGUGUGGCGUGAGAGUCACCAAAUGUCUUUCAGAAUUACUUAUGCAACAAGAAAAGAAGAACUUUUUAGCAUUGUUGAACUCAGUAAUUUUAGCCAAAUGUUUUAGGGCUAAACUUUGGGAGAACUCUACUUACGUCUCCAGACAACUUGAAAAGAUUGGACCUACUCUGUCAAGUGCUAUGGUAAAUGCAGGCCUCACUACAUUCCAGAAGAUAGAAGACAUAAAUGCAAGAGAAUUAGAGCUGAUUGUGAACAGACACCCCCCUUUUGGAAGCCAGAUAAGAGAAUCUGUUAUUCAUCUCCCGAAAUAUGAGCUCAGUUUUGAACAGCUUGCAAGAUACCAUGCUUCAGUGGCAGAAAUCAUUGUGACAAUUACUUUAACAAAUUAUGAGCAACUACAGAAAAAGAGAACAGCACCUGACAAUCACCACACUUCCCUAAUCAUAGGAGAUGCAGACAAUCAAGUUGUUUACAAACAAAAAAUCACUGAUUCAGCUCUGCUGAAAUCAGGAAACUGGACAAAGAAAAUUGAAGUUAAAAGAGCCUCUAAAGGUGAAGAACUAAGUGUUAAUCUUAUCAGUUCUGAAUACGUUGGGUUGGACAUUCAACAGAAGUAUUCAGCCUUUUACUCAGGGCCAAAGAGGUUUGGAACUCACUUUAUUCGUGGAAAAUCUGAUGUCCAGCACACACAAUCAGCAAAACAGAACAGGACAGAAAAUUCAUUAAUGGUUCCCACUAUGAAUGCAAUUCAAGAAUCUACUAGUGAGCUUAACUACACAGAAUCUGGAAAAAGACUCUGUCAUCAUUACUGCAAGAAUAAAGACAAGUGCGGUCAUGAAUGUUGUAAAUUUGGUGUAUCAGUUGGGCGGAGCUGCGCUAUAUCUCAAGCAACAACAACAAAUUUUUCUUCCUAUCUCAGUGAUCUUAAAAGCAGAAGUGAGACUUCAUCAGCUCCAUCAGUUAAACGACUAAAGAUACAGACAAUAAAUGAUUUAGGGCCAGUAAACCUUCAACAGUUUGCUUACACGGCAAAACCUCCAUUGUCAACAUUAUCUAGGUACUAUGAAACAAAGCCAGGUCCAGCAGCUCAAAACCAGAAUCACAUCAGUGUAAGAAGUCACCGACAACAACAGACACCAUAUUAUGGUGAAGCUCAAUCACAACAAAGUUCAACUGUGAUUCCACCACGCCAAAAUACACUAGAGUCUUUUAACUGCAACUCUACUGAAGCAGAUGAAAGUGGCUAUUGGUCACCAGAAGAGAUGAAUGUGAAUUUUGACCUAGGAGAUGAUUUAUGGAAUGACUUUGAUGAUGAGAAGCUGGUAAAUGCCAGCAAUUUUGUUAGUUCGGAGGAAAUCAACACUGAUUAUCAAACAGAUUCAUCCUUUAGCAUAUUUCAAAACUUAACAGGAUACAACCAGUUGCCUGAAAGUCCUUUGAAACAGUUCCAGAACCAAACAACUAAUGACAAACAUAAAAGCGUUGGAUAUCUGCCAACAAGGGAACAACUCAGCUCCUUGAAUUCUAGGUUAUCAUUUAACUCAACAGCUCAAGAAACAUCUAAAACCUUUGGAACUAUUCAUCACACAAGUCUUGUGAAAGGUUCCAAGGAAGGACUGAGUUCUGCAUCUUCUGAACUGAAUGUGAUGAAGUAUUCCAAAACCAGUGGGCCAUUAGAUUGUUUUCGGCCAUACAGUACAAACACUGAAAAAGAAUCCAGAUGUGCUUCAGAGGAAGAGUGUGAUGCUCUGCUUGGCAUUUUUGAUGGCAUAUUUUAG